AUGGAGCUCAAGCUCAACCAUGGCUCUCGACCACCACUGUUCUUAAACUUAUUCCUCUUCUUCAUUCUCUUCCACCCAUCAACCGCCAUUUGCGUGAUCCGAAACGGCACCCUCUUCGGACUUUAUCUAACAAAAACAAAAACGCUGUCGUCGUCCUCUGUUUCAGUCCCUCCGAAACAGAGUCCUCAACCAUCGACACAAGUCUCAGCUCCUUCUCAAGCUCCGACUCCGUCACCGUCACAAUCUCUGCUAACGAUCUCCGUCACUCCAAGCCCCGAUAACUCCCAACCCAAUGACAACCGCUUCUCCCGUUCUUCGACCAUGCCGCUUCCGGUUCAGCCAUUAACGACAACCCCGCCGGAGCUGAAAAAGCUGUGCGACAACACGGACUACCCUUCUCUUUGCGUUGCGUCAUUGACGCCAUUCGUGGAUGGGAAAGUGGAGCCGAUAUCUCUUCUGGGUCUGGCCAUUAAGGCCACGAAACUUCACGUGAAGAAUGCUCUGGCCAUGGCGUCGAAGCUGGCGGCGGCUCCGGGAGCAUCGGAGGGAGAUGUGAUGUCGCUGGAGAGCUGCAAGGAGAUCUAUGAUGACGCUAUGUAUAAUCUGGAAAGCGCGAAUGAAGCGGUUGGGAGUCGGGACAUUGGGACGGUGAACAGCAUGAUGAGCGCGGUGGUGACUGAUUCGGAGAACUGUGAAGACUCUUUUGAUGGAGAAUCUCCAUUGUUUAAAUACGAUGAUAAGCUUAGAAAGAUGGCUAGUAAUUGUCUGGCCAUUGCUUCUUUAAUCAACUGA